AUGGCCUGUGGAUGGUCCCUGACCCCCAACGACCCCACCGUGGCCACUGGUGCCUGUGGUGGCCCCCAGUAUGGUCUUGGGGGCAACCGACCCCCUUACCCCGCCGCCCUGCCCACAGGAGUGCCCGACGUGUCAGCCUCAGGAAGUAGCCGAAAUACACUGACCUCCUUUUCCAGAAGGCAGCGGCGCCUGGGCCUCCCACCCUCUCGGUAUGUGCUCUGGUACUUGUGUGCCCUCCUGUGGGAGGCUGACACUAUAGGCCUCACAGGCAGCUUUGUGCAGGGAGCAGAUCCAGGGUCCCAGGGAAGGAGCCGGUUGCUGGCAUGGGUGCUGUGGUUGCAGGCCUGGCGGGUGGCGGCGCCAUGCCCGGGUGCCUGUGUAUGCUACAAUGAGCCCAAAGUGACAACAAGCUGCCCCCAGCAGGGCCUGCAGGCCGUGCCUACCGGCAUCCCUGCCGCCAGCCAGCGCAUCUUCCUGCAUGGCAACCACAUCUCACAUGUGCCAGCUGCCGGCUUCCACGCCUGCCGCAACCUCACCAUCCUGUGGCUACACUCGAAUGCACUGGCCCGGAUCGACGCCGCCGCCUUUGCUGGCCUGACCCUCCUGGAGCAGCUGGACCUCAGUGACAAUGCACAGCUGCGCACCGUGGACCCCACCACAUUCCAUGGCCUGAGUCGCCUGCACACACUGCACCUGGACCGCUGCGGCCUGCAAGAACUGGGCCCAGGCCUGUUCCGUGGCCUAGCUGCCCUGCAGUACCUCUACCUACAGGACAACUGGCUGCAGGCACUGCCCGACGACGCCUUCCGUGACCUGGGCAACCUCACGCACCUCUUCCUGCACGGCAACCGCAUCCCCAGCGUGCCCGAGCGUGCUUUCCGUGGCCUGCACAGCCUCGACCGCCUCCUGCUGCACCAGAACCGCGUGGCCCGCGUGCACCCGCACGCCUUCCGUGACCUUGGCCGCCUCAUGACACUCUACUUGUUUGCCAACAACCUCUCAGCGCUGCCAGCAGAGGCCCUGGUGCCCCUGCGUGCCCUGCAGUACCUGCGGCUCAAUGACAACCCCUGGGUGUGCGACUGCCGGGCACGCCCGCUCUGGGCCUGGCUGCAGAAUUUCCGCGGCUCCUCCUCUGAGCUGCUCUGCAGCCUGCCCCUUCGCCUGGCUGGCCGCGACCUCAAGCGUCUGGCCACCAAUGACCUGGAGGGCUGUGCUGUGGCCACUCGGCCCUCCCGUCCCAUCCGGACCGGCGGGCUCACCGAUGAGGAGCUGCUAGGACUGCCCAAGUGCUGCCAGCCCGACGCCGCAGACAAGACCAAUGUGCUGGAGGCCGGGAGUCCGGCCUCAGCUGGCAAUGCGCUCAAGGGGCGUGUGCCGCCUGGUGACAGCCCACCAGGCAAUGGCUCGAGCCCGAGGCACAUCAACGACUCCCCCUUUGGGACCCUGCCCAACUCAGCUGAGCCCCCGCUGACCGCACUGCGGCCUGAGGGCUCUGAGCCACCAGGGCUCCCCACCACGGGCCCUCGGCGGAGGCCAGGCUGCUCCCGCAAGAACCGCACCCGCAGCCAGUGCCGGCUGGGCCAGGCGGGCAGCGGGGGUGGCGGAGCUGGCGGAGCUGGCGAGGUGGAAGGCUCGGGUGCCCUGCCCACCCUCACUUACAGCUUCGCCCCCCUGGGCCUCGCACUGGUGCUGUGGACAGUGCUCGGGCCCUGCUGA